AUGUCGACUGCAAGGCUUCAUAUAAAAUCUCGUAAUGUUUACCAAUUGCUACGUGGUGACUUUACAUUACCAUGUGCUCUUAUCGCACAGUCAUCUCACCAUGCUGCCCUGAGCACCUUAAGCAAUUUCAUUAGGUAUCAGACUCGCUCAUAUGCUACUCCUAAAGGCGCAAGGAAGCCUCUUCGCCCGCCUCCUCGGGCACCCAAGCCUGUUAAAGCUCAGCCAAGCUCCAGCAGCCAGACUGAUUUCGACCUCAGUCAAAUCUCACCUAUGGACUUCGAACUGGCUAUGCGAGCGUCCGACAAUCAAGUUGGUAGUCUCAGACCAGACGAAUAUUACGAGUAUGCAUCAAGGUUCUCAAAUGCCAUAAGAAAGGGAGCACAUCCUUCUAGUGUCAACCUCUCUGAGAACCAAAUCCCAGUCGAGGCUGCACAUGAGAUGGCGUGCUUAUUGUGGUUGCUCAGGAGACUAAAAGCCCAUACUUCAUUCUCGAUGGCAUUGUGGGCUUCAGCUUCAGGACUCAACUAUAGUCCUGCGGUCGUCUCUCUCGCGAGCCAGCUCUUCGCCAGUGGAUCAUGGCGGACAACAACUGCAUUCGCAGAUGCUGAGAAUCGGUUCAUGAAGCUCGUAGCUGAGGCGAAGAACUGUAAUGCCCUUACAGUCUAUGGCGAAUACCUGUUCCAAGAUGGAAAGUAUGACCAAGCAGUGGCCAUGUUGAACCAGGCCCUCAACGUUGACGACGGAGUCUUUGAAUGGAAGCGGAAAGGCCUGAUAUGUCUCGCAAAGUCUUAUGUCAAGCUUGGGAGAGCGCAUGAGGCAAAGAAAACACUUGAGUUGUUGGGAGACCCAGAAGCAGACGCCGAGCUUGACCAGUUGCUUCGAUCAAGUGAUGCUGAGAUGACACGUCAACAGUUGUACACAGAUGCCGUCAAGGGCAAGCAUGAUUUGUUUUCACAGCUGGCCGAAGUGGAAUUUGAGAGAGAAACCAAGGAGACGGAUGUCGAACUGAAGAAGAAUCAUCAUCUAUGGGGUUUGGAGUGGUCGAGACUGGCAGACCCAGGUGCAAAAUUUUAG